GGGGGUGCGAGGCUGUCCCGGCACAGACGGAGCGGAGUUUUCCGGGAGGCACCGCUGCCAGGAGGCGGCGGAGGGACGGAGCGGGCCGGGCAGGCUCUAGCGGAGCCGGUGCCGAUGCCGAGGAGCAGCUGACGGCGGCGGGGACGCGGAAAUGGAGCCGCGGCCGGGCCGGGCCGUGCGGGCGCUGUGCGGCCUCUUCCUCCUCCUCCUCCUCGUCCUGCAGCAUCCCGGCCGCGCCGAGCGGGCCCCCGGCUCCCACCUGGACGACUCGGCCAUCGCAGAGUUCUGCCGCAUCGACAAGGCCCUGUGCCACGACGAGGACGAGCAGCUGAGCUUCGAGGCCGUGCGCAACAUCCACAAGCAGAUGGACGACGAUGCCAACGGCAACGUGGACGUGGAGGAGAGCGACGAGUUCUUGAGGGAAGACUUGAAUUACCAUGACCCAGCAGUCAAGCACAGCACUUUCCAUGGAGAGGACAAGCUCAUCAGUGUGGAGGACCUCUGGAAGGCCUGGAAAACAUCAGAAGUGUACAACUGGACGGUGGACGAGGUGGUGCAGUGGCUCAUCUCCUACGUGGAGCUGCCCCAGUACGAGGAGACCUUCCGCAAGCUGCAGCUCAGCGGCCACGCCAUGCCCAGGCUGGCAGUGAACAACGCCACCAUGAUGGGCACAGUGCUGAAGAUGACCGACCGCAGCCACCGGCAGAAGCUGCAGCUCAAGGCUCUGGACACGGUGCUCUUUGGGCCUCCUCUGUUGACUCGACACAACCACCUCAAGGACUUCAUGCUGGUGGUGUCCAUCGUCAUCGGCGUGGGCGGCUGCUGGUUCGCCUACAUCCAGAACCGCUACUCCAAGGAGCACAUGAAGAAGAUGAUGAAGGACCUGGAGGGUCUCCACAGGGCCGAGCAGUCUCUCCAUGACCUGCAGGAGAGGCUGCAGAAGGCGCAGGAGGAGCACCGCUCCGUGGAGGUGGAGAAGGUGCACCUGGAGAAGAAGCUGCAGGACGAGAUCAGCAUUGCCAAGCAGGAGGCGCACCGGCUGCGGGAGCUGCGCGAGGGCACCGAGAACGAGCUCAGCCGGCAGAAAUACGCUGAGCAGGAGCUGGAGCAGGUGCGGAUGGCGCUGAAGAACGCGGAGAAGGAGCUGGAGUCCCACUGCAGCUGGGCUGCCCCCGAGGCCCUGCAGAAGUGGCUGCAGCUGACCCACGAGGUGGAGGUGCAGUACUACAACAUCAAGAAGCAGAACGCAGAGAAGCAGCUGCUGGUGGCCAAGGAAGGGGCUGAAAAGAUCAAAAAGAAGCGAAACACCCUUUUUGGGACGUUCCAUGUCGCUCACAGUUCCUCUCUGGAUGAUGUGGAUCACAAAAUCUUAACUGCAAAACAAGCGCUGAGCGAGGUGACGGCGGCGCUGCGGGAGCGGCUGCACCGCUGGCAGCAGAUCGAGCUGCUCUGCGGCUUCCAGAUCGUCAACAACCCCGGCAUCCCCUCGCUGGCCUCGGCCCUCAACAUCGACCCGGGCUGGAUGGGCACGCCCCGGCCCAACCCCUCCCACUUCAUCAUCACCGACGACGUGGAUGACCUGGACGAGGAGCUGGUGUCACCCAUGUCCAUGCAAUAUGCAGCCUGGCUUUUCGGGCGCAGGUUCAGCGACCGCUCCUCGCUGUCCUCGGAGGAUCAGUCCCUCUGGAAAUACCCUGCUCCGGCCUUGCCCAGCACAGUCCGGCAGCGCCUGGUGGAGCCGCAGCACGGCCACGGAUCGCAGAGGUUGGUAGAGAGUCUCGUGCCGGGGCAGCCCGAGGCGGGCCCCGUGGCCCCGCUGCGCGCGGGCCGAGUGUCCCUGCGCCGAAUGCACAGCCUCACCUCUGGACAGUCCUUCGGCUCCGACCCGCCCGGCUCCAGCCCAUCGCCUGCCUCCACCUCCUCCACCUCCUGCUCCUCAUCCACCACCACCGCACCUGCUCCUGCUUGCCAUGUCCACCCUAUCUAUUACCAUCACACCACCUCUUAUUUCCUCCAGAUGGAUUCCAUCCCCGACCUGCCCCCUCCUGAUGUCACCUCUGGAGUUCGCUGUCGCACUGGGAGCUUUGGAGAUUUAACUCGCUGCGACUCCGACUCCUCCAUCCCGCACCUGAGCGACCACCAGCGUAUCCCCAGCUCGGCGCCCAAGCUGCUGGCUGCCCGGCCCACGCUGCUGACCAGGUCCAUGGAGGAGGCUGUCCCCGGGCCCCCGGGCCCCGGCGCGCCCACGCCCAACGGCGGCAGCCGGCACGGGGAGCCCUCCGCCCUGGUGGCUUUGCAGGAGCGGCUGCCCGAGAGCCCCAUGGUGAUGAAGAAGAUGAUGACGGUGAACCACGGCAUGGAGAAGUCCUCCAGCCUGGGGGAGAUCAGCCACCACCCGACGGCCGGCAAGCCCAGCCACUCGGAUUCGUCCCGGUCGCACAGCCCCAGCUCCACCGACCCCGACACCCCCUCCCCCAUCUCUGACUGCCGGCCCAGCGGCGCCAGGAACACCCGCAUCCCGCAGCUGGCCGCCAAGAAGAGCCCGGGGGACGAGGACAGCAGCCUGACGGGCGACGAGGUUGACCUCGGCCAGAGCAAGAAAAAGUUCCCCAUAAAGCUCUUCAAGAAGCCCAAGAAGUAGGGGGGGAGACCCCCGGACGCGUCCCGCCGGGCCCGGGGCCGGCCGUGCGCCGGGAACGCAGCGCGGCCCCGGCUCCCUCCGCACCCCGAGUCACCCCGGCGCCGGCACGGGAGGAGCUAUUUAAACUUAUUUAUUUCCUCAUCUCCGAGACGAGAAGCGCGACGCCGCCGGCUGCCCGCGAGAAGAGCCGCCCCUGCCCUCCCUCCGACCGCUGCGGUCCCGGCUUUGCUGUGCAUGGCUUCCAGUUACUCCUGCUCUGCUCAGCCACGCGGCCUUUGGGUUUGGUUUCAAUGUGGGUUUUUUUUUUUUUUUUUUAAUUUUAUUUUUUAUUGUUGUUAUUAAUUUGUUUUGCUGCCUCCUCCGACUUUUGCACAGGCUGAGGGCGGGCCGGGGCCGCUCUGCGCUGCCCCCGGGGUGACUCCGCUCGCCGCGGUUCUCCCUCAUUGCUCCGGGUCACUUUCCCAGCCCGGCCCCUCGGCUGCGCCCCUGGGAAGGGAUCCCGUCCCCAGCAGCUCUCGCUGCACAGGAGCAGGGGAGGACUCUGCCCUUGCCGCCGGUACUUGCGUGCUCCCGGUGCCGCCGGGGGCCGCGGGGACGGGGCUGUCCCUGCACAGCUCUGCCCGGUGCCCGGGGAGGCCGGGACACGGGGCGGGAGGGACCCACGCCUGGCCCCGGCUCUGCUUCCCCGGAGCCCUGCACCGCUCCGAACCGCCGUGCCCGGGACCUGGCUGGGGACCCUGGUGACAGGGACAGUGAGGGAAGGGCCCUGGUGACAGGGACAGUGAGGGAUGGACCCUGGUGACAGGGACAGUGAGGGAAGGGCCAUCCCGAGGGGUGUUGGUGCAGAGCCAUGUCCAGCCACACAUCCACACGGAAAGGAGAGGAGGAGGCUCCUGGGAGCAGGUCCCCUGUCCCGUGUCCCCUGUCGUGGCUGGGCAGGGCCAGAGGGAGGGACCAGGACACAGCGGGGCUGUCCAGGGCAGGGGUCAGGCUGUGCCUGGGGGGCAGGACCAUGACAGCCUCCCCUGGAGCAGGCCGGGUGCUGGGGGCUCUGUGCCCACCGAGGGACACAGGAGGCUCACACAGGCAGAGUCCCCCUUGCCCUGACACACCGGGGUGUCCCUGGCUGUGCCAGCCUGACCCGGGGCUCAGCCCGUCCUGAGCUGCUCCCAGGGGCUCUCCUGUCCUCCCUCAGUACAUCGUGGGUCACAUCCUGCUGCUCACAGCCCCGGCUCACCUCGGCAUGUCCCCAGCACAGCCCCAGCCACUGCAGGGUCCCCACUGAGGGCAGCAGCUGUGGCUGAGUCCCACUCCCUGCGAGGGCCGAGCCUGCCCCGAGGGAUGAGCCCUGCCCCAUCCCCACCCCGAGGGAUGAGCCCUGCCCCAUCCCCAGGGCUGAGCACCGAGGGAUGAGCCCUGCCCCAUCCCCACCCCGAGGGAUGAGCUCUGCCCCAUCCCUGGGCCCUGCCCCACCCUGAGGGAUGAGCCUCUGCUCCAUCCCUGGGGCUGAGCACCGAGGGAUGAGCUCUGCCCCAUCCCUGGGCCCUGUCCCAUCCCCUGCUCCCCUCUCCCAGCUCCUCCAGGAGCAUCCACCAGCCCCGGGGCUGCCAGGGGAAUCCCCAAGCCCUCUCCCACCCCACUCGAGGUGGCUCCCUGGCACCACAGGACCCCCCCAGCCCAGGGGCCCUGUCCUCAGCACCCCCUCCGUCCCCAGACCACAGUCCUACACAUCCUUGGGGGGGUGGGCAGGGGGCUGCUCCUGCUGAGGCAGAGGAGGAUGCACCAUGGAGGGAGGAGGAGGAGGCCGAGAGCCCCCGGGGCCUUGCUUUAUGCCAGAGUAAUAUAUUUGUGUCUUGACAAUUCAGGAAGGGCUACAAAGGUGUUUUUUGUUCCGUAGGCGGGAGUUAAACGAUUUCACUGUUGCUUUGGGAUAAGUGAAAUAUUCCUCUCAAUGACUUUAAGUGCCUGCAUUUCCCUGGGGACGGGGGGGACGCGCUCGGCCCCACAACAGGGCUGCUGCCUGGGCACCCCAAUUCCAUGGGCACCCCGAUUGCGUGGGCACCCCAAUCUGUGGGCACCACAAUUUGUGGGCACCCCGAUUCUGUGGGCACCUCGAUUUGUGGGCAGCCUGAUUUAUGGGUACCCCAAUCUGUGGGCACCCUGAUUUAUGGGCACCCCGAUUUAUUGGCUCCCUGAUCUGUGGGCACCCCAAUUUGUGGGCACCUCAAUUUAUGGGCACCCUGAUUUAUGGGUACCCCAAUCUGUGGGCACCCUGAUCUGUGGGCACCCUGUUUUAUUGGCACCCCGAUCUGUGGGCACCCCAAUUUAUGGGCACCCUGAUUUAUGGGCACCCCAAUCUGUGGGCACCCUGAUUUAUGGGCACCCCAAUCUGUGGGCACCCUGCUGUCACGGGCAGGGCCCCCCAGGAGCAGGGCCAGCGGGGUCGGGGCCAGAGCUGCUUGUGGUGGCAGAGACCUGUGGAUGCUUCUGGAGAAGGGGUUGGGGAUCCACCAAACAGCAACUGUUGACACAUCUGCCAACUCUUGAUUUAAGGUGGUUUUUGUUUUUUGUUUUUUGUCAUUUCAUAAAACUUUUCAAUCCAAUAAA